AUGACGCGCCCCAUCCGGAGUAGUAUUGAAACUCGUGGUUGGGUGAGCGGGCUGCUUGGAUUGGUGACUGUCUUGACCGAGGAACCGUUUGUCAUGAUGCGAGGUUCAGAAGAGAGUGUUCGUCUGUUGUUGUCAUGCGGGCAAGCUCCGGCUAUGUACUAUAUUUCGGACGUACAAAAUGACGCGAUGGACUUGUCGAAAGAGAGCGAGCUAUUUGGGAAACUGGAUGCGUGGCUUGGGGAGCAGGAACGCUUUUGUAGACUCAGGAACGCUUGUAAAUCAUUCUGGCAAAAUGAAGAGAGUGAAGCGAGCCACGAGGCCUGCAGCGAAAUAUGCAACGAACUUCACUUUGGAAUCAAAAAUGCGAAGGCUAAGCCCUUGGUUGCGAUUCUACCGGAGGUGGUUUACGGGCAGUUGGUGUAUAAACUGGUAUUUGGGGAUAAGACCGGCUGGGAUGAAACAAUCAAGAAAGUCUUUUAUGCGGAGACGGAAGCAAGAUUUCAUACGGUCGGUGCGUGUCGUGUGGGUUGUGGGCGUGUGGACGAUGAGAGUAGCUGGGACUUGCUGCCGGCCCAUUCACUUCUGCGUCGGUUGUUUUCAAAAGCAGCUUUUCUAAUCCCCUAUGGUUAUGACAUAGUGGUUCGAAGUGCGAUGCCGGCGGAGGAAUUGACACAGAGAACCACGCCAAGCAAACACGGCAUGAAAGUCCGCGCCCCUCGGAUUAGUCACAGUUCUCCGAAACUCUGCACUAAAGCCUUACCACCCAAGGCUUGCUUGCUCGCGCUCACGCUAUCCCCCACCGUCACCAUGACCCGGAUGAUGGCCACCAACAUGCCCAGCGCUUUCAGAUGCUUCUUACGCGUUCUUUUGGACGACAGGAUAUGA